CCACCCCGACCGCCCCGAAACACCGAGAACCCCCAACCCGAACUCUUCAGAAAGCCACCAUAAAAAUGGGCAAGUCCUCAUCGUCAAAGCCGGCCGACAAGUCCAAGUCCGGCUCCGGCUCCAGCAAGCACAAAGAUAAGGGCAAGGAGAAGGAGAAGAGCGGCCACGGGCAUAAUAAGGACCACGGCAAAGAUCGAAAGGACCGGGAUAAGGACAAGGCCCGCCGUUCCUCCAAGGACAAGGGCGACGGAUCGCAUCGCUACCCGUGCAUGUGCAUUUGCCAAUGCCACGGGACGACCGCGACUGCCUACGCGAUAUGUGGUGACUGCGAGACUGGCGUACAUAGGAGGCAUCAUUGUUGAAGUUUGGUUUCAAGCGCUUUCCUUGGCUUCUGUGGACGAGUUGGAAACGGAGUGAUGCUCCAGGAUACCCCUGAUGGACGCA